GAAAGAACAUCACGGACGAGAUGAAGAUGGAUGUCAGUAUCAAAAAAUGCAAGGAAGAGACAUACAUUGAACCAAUUCCAACUAGCCGCUGUCGAUAUCCGCGUACUCUAUCCUACUUAGUAUUGACCGUUCCGUAGUCCGCGAAGCCCACGUGUGGCCGCUGCGGCGUUCCUGUUGCUGCGGGAGUUCUAAGGCCCCUCCAAAUUUUGUCGCCCAGCUCCGCCUUCGACUCAUACCCCUCCGAAACCGCUGGUUGAGAUACUCCCCACUCUCCUGCGAAUACUUGAGAUUAUCUCUCCGUUCGUUCUCCUGGGAGAUAUUGACGGCUACUGAUCGUCUGCAAUUGCUCCGUUGGACCCCUUUUCUUUCGCGACUAGACAGUAUCCCACCGCGCCCGUUGCGCUCACAGAGCCAAGAUGGAUUUGGUCAACCACCUAGAAGGAAGACUUCUUUUCGCAGUCCCAAAGAAGGGUCGACUCCAGCAGGCUACUCUGGAUCUGCUCGCAGGAUGUGAUAUCCAGUUCCGUCGCGAGACCCGUCUCGACAUUGCCCUCGUCAAAAACCUGCCCAUCGCGCUUAUCUUCCUUCCUGCCGCGGACAUUCCUACCUUCGUUGGAGAGGGACGAGUGGACCUGGGUAUCACCGGUCAGGAUCAGGUUGGAGAACAUGAUGCUGCUCUGCCAGCCGGCGAGACGUCUGGUGUCGAGGAAGUUAUGGACCUAGGCUUCGGCCGCUGCAAGCUGCAGGUUCAAGUGCCGGAGAAGGGAACGAUCACCGACCCCAAGCAGCUCAUCGGACGUAAUGUCGUGACCAGCUUCACGGGACUCACGGAGGCUUUCUUUGCUAAGCUGGAAGGCAAAAGUGAAAAGAGCGAGCUUACGACCAAGAUCAAGUACGUCGGUGGUAGCGUUGAGGCCGCAUGUGCGCUAGGCGUGGCCGAUGGUAUCGUCGACCUGGUUGAGUCUGGUGAGACCAUGAAGGCGGCUGGAUUGAAGGCGAUCGACACCGUCAUGGAGAGCACCGCAGUGCUGGUGAAGUCGAGAGGCACCAAGAACGAACUUGUCGAGCUCAUCGCCUCGAGAAUACGUGGUGUUAUUACCGCUCAACGAUACGUUCUCUGCCAGUACAACAUCCCUCGCACGGAGCUGGCUACCGCGUCUAGGAUCACUCCCGGCAAGAGAGCGCCGACUGUGACCGCCUUGGAGGACGAUGGCUGGGUGGCCGUCAGUUCCAUGGUCGAGAAGAAAUCCAUCGCGACGGUUAUGGACCAGCUGACCGAGGUUGGCGCCACGGAUAUUCUCGUCAUGAACAUCGCCAACUCGAGAACCGCUUAGACGUUUAUGCAAUAACCUUGUCUACUAUAUCCUUCUACAUUUUCUCGUAACUGAGCAUCGACGUCACGGAACAGAAAAAAAAGAAAUUGCCCCUGCUUUUGAUUAUGUCUUUGGUCUUGGAGGGAUCACGUUUCGGCUCUUUUCCUUUCUCUUGGUUCUAUGUUCAACUUGGAAGCAUCAAUGGUGUCAUGUCGCAUUUGGGACGAUUACAAAAAGACAAAAGCUGUGAAGAAGGACAUACCUAAGAUGUAUAGAGGACAUCAUUUACUUUGAACUAC